CCUAAUGUCAGUUGUGCCUCAACUCCCGCGCCUGUCAGAACGUGUGGCGGUCCGUUCGCUCCAAACAGCCCCCGAGACGUCAUCGACAGUCUUGGUGGAAAUGGUCCUCAAGUGACCGGUCAGUGGUUAGCAAGUUGUUAGAAUGUUGGUGGAAUGUUGUUAAAUGACGAGAAGGGCCAUACAAGGGAGGCAACUGAGCGCGUGAAGGAAACGCUACGAGCAGACACGAAGAAACAAGUUGGAACGAAUCAAAACACGGGAAUCAGCUGUCAUUUAAAAGCCUGACUAAGGCUUUACAAUAAGUUACAACGAUUGUAGGAAGUUUUCUUUGAGUUUUGGAAGGAAACAUUACUUUCUGCACGAUUGGGUAAGUUCAAAUUGUGCUCAAUAUUAUAUACCAAUAUUUUUUUUAAAAUGGAAAAAAAAAGUUUUAAAUUUAUUUAUUGUGUACAAGAUUAGGAAAUAAUGUAAACCACACAACCUGCAAUGUAUACCUUCCUACCUGUCAGGGGACGUCAUUUGGGUAGGGCACCCUGGGGCAUAUGUACCCCCUCCUGAAUUUAAAGGUUUCAUUUGAAUUGCUAUGUACUGGGGGCACUUCCAGUAAAAAAUAACUUAACAAGCCCAACAUUUUUUGAUUUGCCCCCCCCCCCUCACACCCCCACCCCCUGAAAUGACGCACCUGCUGCCUGUUGGAAGUUUUAAAUAUCGAAUUCAAACAAAUAUUCUAAGACUUAUUUUUUUUUAAUUUUCUGACCACAAUUUGUAUUUACAUUACUUUGAAGAAAAAUGUAAAUAAAUUUGAUCUUGUAGCAAAAAAUGGUUGUAUUAUUGACCUUCAAGAAAACGUGAAUUAAAAAACACAUAGAAAAAAAAAACGUAAUAAAAAAUACAUUCUUUUCUUUCUCAAUGUGGACGGAAUGUGGAACAUGAUAGUGUGUAAGUUCGUGUGUGGUUAGGUACAAGGUAAACACAGACACAAGAUUGUAGCACAUACAAUGUUGUGAUUGUGUGCAGUAAAGUUGACAGUUGACACAGGGAUACAAAUUAAAACCAAAAAACUCACUACGUUUAAGUUUGUGGUGGGGAAUGUAGCCACGCUGUACUAAUAAUUGUUUAUAGUGCUGUCAAUGUGUGUAUGUGUAUUGUAGGUGUCUCUGUGUAUGUCUCUGAUUGAACAAGUAGUCGUCAGACAUAACUUUUACAGACAUAACUUAGUCAAAAUGGCCCCGGACACGCAGCGCCACCAUUCGCACCCGGGUCCCAUUAGACCAAUGCUAUUCAAAUGUCAUUUGUGGUAGUUUAUUUUAGUUAAACUGAAGAAUUAAGUUUACAAACAUAUAGCCCAUUCAAUUAUCUUUCAUUUGAUACCUCAUUUUGCCUUACAAACCCAAUAAUAAUAUGUUUAAUAGUUUUUUAAUCCCAACCUCUCACCUCUGGUACCCGGGUACAAAUAGUCGCAGCCUUUAUUAUUUUAAAAAAAAGUGAUUCUCUUAAGUUUACUAAAAUACCUCCUCACCCCAUCUCCUCACCCUAUCUCCUCACCCCCAUCUCCUCACCCCAUCUCCUCACCCCAUCUCCUCACCCCAUCUCCUCACCCCCAUCCACACUUCCCUAAACCAACCCGGUUUAUCCCAUUUUCAAAAAUCACUAAGUGAAUCUUUGAGCAAUUUCACCGCUUAGUUUAAGAACCUCUGAAUUAACUCAUCAUGGAAAAUAUUUCUCAUGAUCAUGGAACCUAUUUCUCAAACCCGGAUUGAAUUUUAAAUCUCGUAGGAAAUAUGCAAUGAUUUGUUGAUUUGGAAUGUCAGAGUACAUUUCAUCCUUAGAUGUUUCUCCAUCUCCCCAGUAGGCCAUCAUACACAAAUGUCUCAGGUAAUUUUAUGAAACAAUUGUACUAUAAUGGAGGGGGCAGUGCCUCUUAAAAUGUUCAAGGUGGACCUCAUUGAUAUCCUGAUGAAACACAUGACACCCUGAACAGUUUUUGGUUCUUAAAAAAAAUAACUAAUUGUAGCAGUUCAUAGACACCUUACAGCCAUUUAUAGACACAUUACAGCCAUCCAAAGACACAUUGCAUCCGUUAAUAGAUAACUUACAACCGUUCAUAGACACCUUUCAUCCACUCAAAGACACCUUUACAUCCGCUCAAAGACAUCUUAAUCCGAUCAUAGACACCUUACAGCCGUUCAUAGACACCUUACAUCCGUUCAUAGACACCUUAAUCCAUUCAUAGACACCUCACAGCCAUUCAUAGACACAUUACAGCCGUCCAAAGAUACAUUGCCUCCGUUAAUAGAUAACUUACAACCGUUCAUAGACACCUUUCAUCCACUCAAAGACACCUUUACAUCCACUCAAAGACACCUUACAUCUGUUCAUAGACACCUUAUAGCAGUUCAUAGACACCUUAUAGCAGUUCAUAGACACCUUAUAGCAGUUCAUAGACACCUUACAUCCGUUCAUAGACACCUUACAUCCGUUCAUAGACACCUUACAUCCGUUCAUAGACAGCUUAUAGCAGUUCAUAGAAACCUUACAUCCGUUCAUAGAAACAUUACAUCCACUCACAGACACGUUACAGCCGUUCAUAGACAUCUUACAUGCGUUCAUAGACACCUUACAUCCGUUCAUAGACACCUUACAGUAGUGCAUAGACACCUUAUAGCAGUUCAUGGACACCUUAUAGCAGUUCAUAGAAACCUUACAUCCACUCACAGAUACCUUACAACCGUUCACAGACACCUUGCAUCCGUUCAUAGACACUUACAGCCGUUAAUAGACACCUUACAUCCGUUCAAAGACACGUUACAGCCGUUCAUAGACACCUUACAGCCGUUCACAGACCCCUUACAUCCGUUCAUAGACCCCUUACAUCCGUUCAUAGAAACCUUACAUCCGUUCACAGACACCUUACAUCCGUUCAUAGACACCUUACAUCCGUUCAGGGAAACCUUACAUCCGUUCAUAGACACUUACAUCCGUUCAUAGACACCUUACAUCCGUUGAUAGACACUUAUAUCCGUUAAUAGACACCUUACAUCCGUUCAUAGACACCUUACAUCCGUUCAUAGACACCUUACAUCCGUUCAUAAAUACCUUACAUCAGUUCAUAGACACCUUACAUUCGUUCAAAGACACCUUACAGCCGUUCAUAAACACCUUACAGCCAUUCAUAGACACCUUACAGCCGUUCAUAGACCCCUUGCAUCCGUUCAUAGAAACCUUACAGCCGUUCAUAGACACCUUACAGCCGUUCAUUGACAACUUACAGCCGUCAUUCGCUUCAAGUUUAUCAAAGGUCUCAUUGUUCAACUAAAAAGACCUUCUUUGAACACACUUUCUUCGCCUCAGUUGAAAUAAACUUCAGUUUAGGUCAAUAAUUUCAGCGUGAACUUGUGGUCGAUGGAUUCUGCUGACAAGCCAAUCAAUAAUUAUCGAUAAUGGAUUAAUCAAGAGUUGAUCGACUCAACUGUUAAUGUUGUUUAGGAAGGGUUUUAUGGAUACACCUCGGGUACCUUGACCUGUUUACAUUGAGGCAAGCCAUCUUCUUCACACAACAUUUCCAAGAAGUUUGUAGCUGUAUAGGUCAAGGCGCUUUAUCAAAGUGUGACAACCAUCAAACUCCACUGUGUAGGUCACUGCCACCAUUACACAGUGGGACAACCAACAAACUCCACUGUGUAGGUCACUGCGACCAUUACACAGUGGGACAACCAAGAAACUCCACUGUGUAGGUCACUGCCACCAUUACACAGUGGGACAACCAACAAAAUCCACUGUGUAGGUCAGUGCCACCAUUACACAGUGGGACAACCAACAAACUCCACUGUGUAGGUCACUGCCACCAUUACACAGUGGGACAACCAACAAACUCCACUGUGUAGGUCACUGCCACCAUUACACAGUGGGACAACCAACAAACUCCCUUGUGGAGGUCACGACCGGCAUUACACGGUGUGACAGCCAGCAAGGUCCAUGUCGAACAUAUUCCAAGAUUUUUAAGUUUCUUAAUUUUGCCGGGAGAUGACCAUGACAUAGACGAUGCCAUGGACGAUGACAUGGACGAUGACAUAGACGAUGACAUAGACGAUGACAUAGACGAUGACAUGGACGAUGCCAUGGACGAUGACAUAGACGAUGCCAUGGACGAUGCCAUGGACGGUGGCAUGGACGAUGACAUGGACGAUGACAUAGACGAUGCCAUGGACGAUGACAUAGACGAUGCCAUGGACGAUGCCAUGGACGAUGCCAUGGACGAUGACAUAGACGAUGACAUAGACGAUGACAUAGACGAUGACAUGGACGAUGACAUGGACGAUGCCAUGGACGAUGACAUAGACGAUGCCAUGGACGAUGCCAUGGACGGUGGCAUGGACGAUGACAUGGACGAUGACAUAGACGAUGCCAUGGACGAUGACAUAGACGAUGCCAUGGACGAUGCCAUGGACGAUGACAUAGACGAUGACAUAGACGAUGACAUAGACGAUGACAUGGACGAUGACAUGGACGAUGCCAUGGACGAUGACAUAGAAGAUGCCAUGGACGAUGCCAUGGACGAUGACAUGGACGAUGCCAUGGACGGUGGCAUGGACGAUGACAUGGACGAUGACAUAGACGAUGACAUGGACGAUGCCAUGGACGAUGACAUGGACGAUGACAUAGACGAUGACAUGGACGAUGACAUGGACGAUGCCAUGGACGAUGCCAUGGACGAUGACAUAGACGAUGCCAUGGACGAUGACAUGGACGAUGACAUAGACGAUGACAUGGACGAUGACAUGGACACUUGUCAAGGCAGCUUCACUGAAUCAUGCUCAUAAGUAUUAUGGAGAACCAAGACUAGAGAGAGAUCUUAAGAGAACCAAGAGUGGACAGAGAUCUUAAGAGAACCAAGACUAGAGAGAGAUCUUAAGAGAACCAAGAGUGGACAGAGAUCUUAAGAGAACCAAGACUAGAGAUAUAUCUUAAGAGACACAAUACAAUUGAAGAUAAGAGAAGCGAAGAAAAAGAACAUAUGUAGAAGGUAGAACAACAGAGAAGAUAGAAAACUCAAUACAAAUUCACACUUAAGAAACUACUUGGACAGUAGAUUUAGAGAUGCACCAGCAGCUUCACCUGAAAUGAAUCAAUGGUCAACUCUUCACCUGAAGUGAAUCAAUGGUCAGCUCUUCACCUGAAGUGAAACAAUGGUCAGCUCUUCACCUGAAGUGAAACAAUGGUCAACCGUACAGUUGAAGUUAAAAUCAGAAACUAGUUUGCACAUUACAACUAUCAUCCGUCUCCAUCAAAGAUAAAGAGAGCGAAAAAUCUGUCAUCUACAGACGACCAAAAUUAUAACGAAGAUGUUUGGUCAGAAACAUCGAGGCAAUAUGGCAAGGCUCACUUAACUGGACAUUCGUCCAGCAGCCACAUAUCUGUUAAGUCUCCCUGCAGUUGAGCCCAGGUGAUGACAUAUUCAGGAAUGUUUUGUUUGGCCUCUGUGGGUUGUUGUUUUUUCUUCAAUCUUCUCAAUGUUUUUAUCUUUGGCGAAUUGUCGACCUAAGGUUGGAGGGCCGGUAUCGGUCCACGGUCCACCAUUUUGGAACCACCACUCUGCAUUACUCUGUAUCAAGGGUCCUCAAACUACGGCAAGCGGGCCAGAUCCGGCCCGCCAGGGGUCCUUAAUCCGGCCGCCGUAAGGGUACCCUGCUAGCAGCGACACAUUCAAUGGAACACCGGACAUUGAUCAUCUCAUUAGCCUUACUUCCCUUUGAAAUACUAUUAAGUUUAUGUUUGUAAUAUGGCUUCUAAUAUGGCUUCUAAUAUGGCUUCUAAUAUGGCUUCUAAUAUGGCUUCUAAUAUGGCUUCUAAUAUGGCUUCUAAUAUGGCUUCUAAUAUGGCUUCUAAUAUGGCUUCUAAUAUGGCUUCUAAUAUGGCUUCUAAUAUGGCUUCUUCAUUUUAAAUUUGUUAUCUUUUUUUCAAGGCGUUUAUUUCACUACAAUGAAAUAUGUGCAGUGUGCAUAGAAUUGACAUAUGUGCAGUGUGCAUAUAAUUGACAUAUGUGCAGUGUGCAUAUAAUUGAUAUAUGUGCAGUGUGCAUAGAAUUGACAUAUGUGCAGUGUGUAUAGAAUUGAGAUAUGGGCAGUGUGUAUAGAAUUGAGAUAUGUGCAGUGUGCAUAGAAGUGAGAUAUGUGCAGAGGGCAUAGAACUGAGAUAUGUGAAGUGUGCAUACAAUAGGUUCAUGUAUUUUUCAAACCGUAGUGCCGGCCCCCCGACAGUGUCGUGGGGGGGGGGGACUGAUUCGGCACCUUGUUUGAAAAGUUUGGGGACUCCUGCUCUGUUUGGAAGUGACGUCAUGAAACAGAAUUUUAAAGAGAUUAACCCUACCGAUCUGGGAAAGAAUUCUUUGAAAAGGUUUGGCAGUGCGUAGCUAGCGCUGGGGACUUACUUUCAAUAAUUCAAUACCAGUCAAUAGUAUGGAUUAUCUGGCCGGUCGUUUCAGGACAGGGGUGGUGCUGAAUGCGAUUUGUGUACCUAAAGCCAGGGAAAGUAUUUGGAAUCGAUUCUCCAGUUAAGUGUCACGUCAGCGAUUCUACUGGGUAAAAGAACAUCUGGGAGCUUUGAAAUUUAAAAAAAAAAAAAUUGAUUUUCUUGACCUCAUGUCAAAAUAUCAACAUAUAUAUUUGGGUUUACAAACUCUCUACCCCCAUUUAUUCAACAAUAGUUCUACACUCAACGACAUAAGUUGUAGUUUAAACAAUGGUGUUGAAAUAAUGUGUUGUAGUUGAUCUGUUGAAAUGAUGUAGUUGAACUGUUGAAAUGAUUUGUUGUCAUUUCCUUUCAAUGUUUGAGGUGCGCUGAUCAGCGGAUGGUGUAACUUUCGUUUCAAAGUUUGAGAACCGCUGACUUGUGGAAUGCGGCGAACAUUGUAAUUUCUUGGGACAAUGUAUUGCUCAAGUCUGGAGAGUACGAGCCCGGCGGAGCCAUAUCGAGGUAAAUCUCGUGACCCACGUGCUCAAAGGAUCAAACUCUCUGAACCAGACACCAUCAGGUUCCCGUAGGUCCUGGGGAAUGUGAUCAUGAAACAAGCCGAUGGCUGAACUGAUUUCAAUGCCUCGUUAGUUUCUGACUUAACAUACGAUAACCACAUCACACACAUUACCCCUCCUUACGUCUUUAAGGCCCCCCCCAUUUCUUCCCCUCUUGCACACCUCCCCCCCCCCCUUUUUAAAAUCCCAUUUUACCAUUCCUGUCAUAGUUCAUGUACUCGGUACCUUUACUUUAGCACAGGGGUCGAGAACCUAACCCCCCCCCUUCCUUCCCCUCUUGCCCCCCCCCCCCCCCCCCUUUUUAAAAUCCCAUUUUACCAUUCCUGUCAUAGUUCAUGUACUCGGUACCUUUACUUUAGCACAGGGGUCGAGAACCUAUGGCUCGCGAGCCAGAUGUGGCUCUAUUGAUGGCUGCAUCUGGCUCGCAUACAAAUUUUCGAUUAUAAAAAAGUCGCAUUAAUGGUAAGAAAUACUCAUUAUUGAUUAGCAACAGCAUAACAAUGUUAUUAAAAAGAAUUGGGAAACAAUAAUUAUUGCAUUUUUAGUGUUGAAAUUACACAAAAUGCACACAUUUACUUGAAUUUUUAGUUUUAAACAUAAUGUAUGGCGCUCACAGAAUUACUUUUCAAAAUAUGUGGUGUCCAUGGCUCUCUCAGACAAAAGGGUUCCCGACCACUGACUUUAGCACCUAGUCAUAAAUAUAAUUUGGUCUAAUAAGUACUUUACUUUAGCAUCUACUUAUAAAUAUACUUGAUCUAAUAAGUACUAUUACCCCCUCUCCCCUGUCUCCCACUGCUUAUUAAGCCCCCAUAUUCAAAGCAGUAAUUAACUAAACAAGUAUGUGCAUAUGUAAACUUGAAAAUAAGAUAGAAUACACAGAACCAGGAAAAGUAAAGAAAACAUUUCUCUCUAUAUAUAUAUGUUAAAUGUUAUGCUAUCUACACGCCAAUCUUAAUGCUAUCUACACGCCAAUCUUAAUGCUAUCUACACGCCAAUCUUAAUGCUAUCUACACGCCAAUCUUAAUGCUAUCUACACGCCAAUCUUAAAGCUAUCUACACGCCAAUCUUAAUGCUAUCUACACGCCAAUCUUAAUGCUAUAAACACUCACUGCCACACCUGUUGUCAUUUGUUGUCGCUAUGAUCCAUACCAAGGCCAUGUGACAACAUGUCAAGGGUGUACAUCAGGGGGAACUGCUAGACAUUUCUUCUUACAUCAGGGGGAACUGCUAGACAUUUCUUCUUACAUCAGGGGGAACUGCUAGACAUUUCUUCUUACAUCAGGGGGAACUGCUAGACAUUUCUUCUUACAUCAGGGGGAACUGCUAGACAUUUACUCCGACGAUUUAAUGAAAUGAGUUUUCAAAAAACUUGUCUUGUUUUCAAUGGCGUAAAAUGUUGCUUAAAUUUAUACUUGUGUUGGUAAAAUGUGGAGACGUGCUGGUAAAAUGGGGAGAUGUGUUGGUAAAAUGUGAAGAUGUGUUUGGUAAAAUGUGAAGAUGUGUUGGUAAAAUGUGAAGAUGUGUUGGUAAAAAGUGGAGAUGUGUUUGGUAAAAUGUGAAGAUGUGUUUGGUAAAAUGUGAAGAUGUGUUGGUAAAAUGUGAAGAUGUGUUGGUAAAAAGUGGAGAUGUGUUGUUAAGGCCUCUGAGGAAUAAAUCGGUUAACCUCUCAAUAGGAGCCAAAAUGAUCAAUAAAUUGAUCGUGGGCCCUUGAGAUAUAGAAGAAGAAGAAUUUCAUAGUUGAACUUUGAACUCGCUUUUUUAUAAACAUGUGUCACGAGUAGUCUCUUCGUGAGACUGGUGCUCUCGGUGUGUCAAGUUUGGGGACCACUGCUAUCCGCUGCACCAUUGUUGCCAUGUGGUGCCUGUGACUAAGCCUUAGAUUGUCACGUUCAGGAAUUUUUUUGUUGGUAUCACACUAGGGACGUUCAACUAUUAAGAGCACACCUUAGAAUUAGAUCAGUAUGCCGCAGUGAAUGUCAGAUUGUGGCUCAGGGAAUGUCAGAUUGCGGCUCAGGGAAUGUCAGAUUGGGGCUCAGGGAAUGUCUGAUUGGGGCUCAGCUAUGUCAGAUUGUGGCUCAGGGAAUGUCAGAUUGGGGCUCAUGGAAUGUCAGAUUGGAGAUUUCAUUCUCGUUCGUUCUUAGCGUUGUUUCUGCUGAUGAAGAACUUUUGGACAAAAUUACUUUUGAUUGUGAUUUGUCGUUUCUCAAAUUUUAAAAAAUUUUAAAAACACCAAAAAAAAAAACAAAAAAACAAAAAAAAAAAAAAAAAAAAUCUGAUUUCUUAAAUUUUAUUCAAGACUUAGUCGAGCUGUGUAACUAAGUCGGAUCAAUGAGCCGUACAGUAUGCAAGGUCAAUAGGCAACAACCUGGUAUACCGUGAGUGAACGAUAAGCGAUAGUUGCAACACACACAGAAGUGACAAGCGAUCGUUGCAACAAACACAGAAGUGAAAUGAGCAGCGAAAAACCAAAGUUAUCAACUUCAGGCCUGGUACAAGUUCAAAAAAAAAAAAAAAAAUCAACCAUAAGCCACGAAUGUGUCGAGAUCCAACUCUUGUUUCUGAUUGGCCGGAGCGCUGAUUACGUCCAUGACGUCAGGCGACGCUUAUCUCGUAUCGUGCAAGUGUCCAUUUCACAGGACGGGGGAAUUCUCAUGUUGAAAGAUUGGGGAGAUGGGGGGAGGGGGAGGAUUGACACACCGGUGUACGUGCUCACGUCCUGACAACUGGCAACUGACACACAGGUGUGUUAAUGGUUCCACGGCAGGGAAAUUGGUACUCACUGACAUUAAACUCACAGGGAAGUAUCGCUCAUACUGAGAAAUAUAUCACUCAUAUUGAGGGAAGUAUCGCUCAUUCUGGGGGGGGGGGAUAGUAUCGCUCAUACUGAGGGAAGUAUCCCUGAUACUGGAGGAAGUAUCGCUCAUAAUGGGAGAAUUAUCGCUUAUACUGAAUGAAGUAUUGCUCAUACAGAGGGAAAUAUCGCUCACACAGAGAGAAGUAUCGCUCAUACUGAGAAAAGUAUCGCUCACACUGGGGUGAAGUAUCACUCAUCCAGGGGAGGGGGGUAGAAAUUAUCCCUCAUACUGGAGGGAAGUAUCGCUCAUACUGAGGAAAGUAUCGCUCAUACUGAGGGAAGUAUCGCUCAUGCUUGGGGAAGUAUCGCUCAUACUGGGAGAAGUAUCACUCACAGUGGGAGAAGUAUCGCUCAUACUGGGACAAGUAUCGCUCAUACUGGGACAAGUAUCGCGCAUACUGGGAGAAAUAUCGCUCAUACUGGGAGAAGUAUCGCUCAUACUGGGAGAAGUAUCCGUCAUACUGGGAGAAGUAUCGCUCAUACUGGGAGAAAUAUCGCUCAUACUGGGAGAAGUAUCACUCAUACUGCGAGAAGUAUCGCUCUUACUGGGAGAAGUAUCGCUCAUACUGGGAGAAGUAUCGCUCUUACUGGGAGAAGUAUUUCUCUUACUGGGAGAAGUAUCACUCAUACUGGGAGAAGUAUCGCUCUUACUGAGUGUUUCUAAAUGUUCUCAGAGCCACAUCUUCAAAGUCUUCAAACGGCCAAACAAGGCCAGGAUCUCAUUGGAACUGUUGUGUUCUUUAGAUGUUUUAUGUCAUGUAAGUGUUGUGUCAUGCAAGUGUUGUGUCAUGUAAGAGUUGUGUCAUGUAAGUGUUGUGUCAUGUAAAUAUUGUGUCAUGUAAGUGUUGUAUCAUGUAAGUGUUGUAUCAUGUAAGUGUUGUAUCAUGUAAGUGUUGUGUCAUGUAAGUGUUGUGUCAUGUAAGUGUUGUGGCAUGUAAGUGUUGUGUCAUGUAAGUCUCGUGACAUGUAAGUGGUAUGUCCUGUAAGUCUUGUGUUAUGUAAGUGUUGUGUCAUGCAAAUCUCGUUUCAAUUAAUUUUCACUGAUUGUACACCCAUAGAGUUAUUAUACAUAAACAUAUGUUUAGAGAGCCACCAUGAAUAUAUAUAUAUAUAUAUAUAUAUUUAGAUCACAUGAAAAUAAAAUAAGUAUUUUCUCCUAACUUUAUCAUUUGUCAUUGAAACUGUGAAACUCGUAUAUAGCAGUGUUAUGUUUUUGUUCUAAUUCGUUACUGAAAAUCUGACCCUCGUAUAUAGCAGCAAUGUGUUUGCGUAGGCAACUUAUUCAUGCAUUAUUGAUAUUCUAGAACUGGGAGCAACUUUACAGCGCAUUAUAGAGCAAUAGUAUUAUAUUACAAGGCAGACUUAGAUCUAUAUAGACUACACACCUGAAUCAUCAAUAAAACUUGUUUAAAUCGCAAAGAUCAAUAUCAUUAUAGUAGAAGGAAGAAUUAUACCUAUAUAGACUAAACACCUGAAUCAUCAAUAAAACUUGUUUAAAUCGCAAAGAUCAAUAUCAUUAUAGUAGAAGGAAGAAUUAUACCUAUAUAGACUACACACCUGAAUCAUCAAUAAAACUUGUUUAAAUCGCAAAGAUCAAUAUCAUUAUAGUAGAAGGAAGAAUUAUACCUAUAUAGACUAAACACCUGAAUCAUCAAUAAAACUUGUUUAAAUCGCAAAGAUCAAUAUCAUUAUAGUAGAAGGAAGAAUUAUACCUAUAUAGACUACACACCUGAAUCAUCAAUAAAACUUGUUUAAAUCGCAAAGAUCAAUAUCAUUAUAGUAGAAGGAAGAAUUAUACCUAUAUAGACUAAACACCUGAAUCAUCAAUAAAACUUGUUUAAAUCGCAAAGAUCAAUAUCAUUAUAGUAGAAGGAAGAAUUAUACCUAUAUAGACUACACACCUGAAUCAUCAAUAAAACUUGUUUAAAUCGCAAAGAUCAAUAUCAUUAUAGUAGAGGGAAGAAUUAUACCUAUAUAGACUAAACACCUGAAUCAUCAAUAAAACUUGUUUAAAUCGCAAAGAUCAAUAUCAUUAUAGUAGAAGGAAGAAUUAUACCUAUAUAGACUAAACACCUGAAUCAUCAAUAAAACUUGUUUAAAUCGCAAAGAUCAAUAUCAUUAUAGUAGAAGGAAGAAUUAUACCUAUAUAGACUACACACCUGAAUCAUCAAUAAAACUUGUUUAAAUCGCAAAGAUCAAUAUCAUUAUAGUAGAGGGAAGAAUUAUACCUAUAUAGACUAAACACCUGAAUCAUCAAUAAAACUUGAUUAAAUCGCAAAGAUCAAUAUCAUUAUAGUAGAGGGAAGAAUUAUACCUAUAUAGACUAAACACCUGAAUCAUCAAUAAAACUUGUUUAAAUCGCAAAGAUCAAUAUCAUUAUAGUAGAAGGAAGAAUUAUACCUAUAUAGACUAAACACCUGAAUCAUCAAUAAAACUUGUUUAAAUCGCAAAGAUCAAUAUCAUUAUAGUAGAAGGAAGAAUUAUACCUAUAUAGACUACACACCUGAAUCAUCAAUAAAACUUGUUUAAAUCGCAAAGAUCAAUAUCAUUAUAGUAGAAGGAAGAAUUAUACCUAUAUAGACUAAACACCUGAAUCAUCAAUAAAACUUGUUUAAAUCGCAAAGAUCAAUAUCAUUAUAGUAGAAGGAAGAAUUAUACCUAUAUAGACUAAACACCUGAAUCAUCAAUAAAACUUGUUUAAAUCGCAAAGAUCAAUAUCAUUAUAGUAGAAGGAAGAAUUAUACCUAUAUAGACUAAACACCUGAAUCAUCAAUAAAACUUGUUUAUCGAAUAAGGGUUGAUUGAAUGCUGUGUUUGUUUUUUGGUGUUUUUUUUAUAUUAAAUAUCGAUAAUUCCACCCCACUUAUCGAUAUAUCCAUAAAAUCAAUAACAAACUUGUCUACAGUUGUAUUGACCUCCAGCGUGACGAUCACGGCUAACAAGUAGGGAAUAAAUCGCUGAAUGAUUAGACCUCUAUUGUAAUCCCAUUGUUCAGCCUGUAUAGCGGGUAGAAUGUGUGUGCCCCAAAUAAUGAGGGCACUGAUGUGUGUCCUCUGCAUUCACGAUGUUGACAUCAAUGACCCCCCCAAGCCCCGCCCCACACCCCCGUGCCCACCUAGCAUCAAAGCACCCACUCGCCAAAACAAACGCUGACCAUUGGACAGACGUGGAAAAGAUCAUUUCCCAGAGCAGGUCGAGACUUGACGAGAAGGGCGGUAACUCAAUUAAUGAUCGUCCGCAAAUUGGCGCCAAACGUGUUUGAAAAUACGUUUGAUUACGUCAUUGAUAUAACCCCUACGCUAGAUCCUACCUAUCAUGAUAGACAUUCUAUAAGCUGACGGAAGCGGGAAAAAAGUGGAUUGAAAUGCCGUAAUAUAAUCUCAUAUAUGGAACAAAUAAUUAUCCCCUACUUAAUUACCACUACUUUUUAAAAAAAAUCUUGUUACACUAUAUUCAAUAAUCUUGUUACCUUUAUAAACAAAUAAUCUUCCUGCCAUUAUAUCCUAUUCAUUAGACAACGUAUUUAUUAGAAAUAGAUUAUUUUCAUGACACACAUCUUUCGUGACACACCUUUCUUAUCAUUAUUUUUUAUCUUACAGAAUUUCACAGACUUGAGGACCUCAACCUAUUCAUUAAUCAACGCAACUUAAAACAUUGACCAUUCGCGGUUCUUAAACUAUUCACUAACGACGGAACUUAAAGUUAAUUAAAGCACACAUGAGCACUAAUUGAAAGCACCACCUUUUGGCCAAAUUGAGACAUUUUAAAAGAGCUCCAAUCGUCUGACAACGCAUCCACCCUGAGGGUGCCAGUUAUAUACGUGCACGAGGCGCCCGCGGUGGUGCCCGUGCAGAGAAUGUCUCCGGCCGCCACCCUGGCCAGGCGAUUCCACCAGAACUGGCUGGCCAAGCACCCGCAGGACUCUGCGGGCGCCAAUGUCAGCCUGGACGACAGCCUGACCAGUUUGGGCUGGCUGCAGAACCUCAAGGUGUCCGAGAUCACACAGCCCAGGCAGACUGCUGUGUCGGGGUACGGGCUGGAGAUCAACCGACAGCUCAUCAAACAAGGUAGAGUGGACUGUUAUUGUCAGUGGUGGGCUGUUAUUGUCAGUGGUGGGCUUUUGUUGUCAAUGGUGGGCUGUUGUUGUCAAUGGUGGACUGUUGUUGUCAAUGGUGGGCUGUUGUUGCCGAUGUCAUUAGAAAACUGCUCACUGACAGAUAUGUGACAGAUGUAAUGUCACACUGACAGAUGUUUGACAAAUGCAAUGCCCCAUUGAUAGUAAUGUUAGUAAAACAUUUUCUCAGCAAAAACAAUUUUUUAAAUCCUAUUUUUCCCCCUCCAUUUCUGAAGAGCUCCCAUCCCCACCAGUGCUCACCGUCCAGCAGCAGAGAUGUGAGCCUCAUUUCCAAAUAGGCGACACGGCGCCUUCUGGUGGCCAAACGGAUGUAGAUUACAAGCUGAACCCGUUCAUGAAGCCCCCGUAUUCAUACGCCAGUCUGAUCUGUAUGGCGAUGAAAGCGACGAGAAAAAACAAGAUCACCCUCUCUGCCAUCUACAAAUGGAUCACUGACAACUUUAUCUAUUACCGCCAUUCGGAUCCCAGUUGGCAGGUGGGUACUUUCUGCUUAGAUUCUUACGACACUUCCUACGUUGGGAUCUGGGCUAGAUUCUUAUGAGACUUCCUACUUUGGGGUCUGGGCUAGAUUGUUAUGGGAAUACUUACUUUGGGGUCUGGGCUAGAUUGUUAUGGGACUACUUACUUUGGGAUCUGAGCUAGAUUUUAACGGGACGACCUACUUUGGGAUCUGGGCUAGAUUGUUAUGGGAAUACUUACUUUGGGAUCUGGGCUAGAUUGUUAUGGGAAUACUUACUUUGGGGUCUGGGCUAGAUUGUUAUGGGACUACUUACUUUGGGGUCUGGGCUAGAUUGUUAUGGGAAUACUUACUUUGGGGUCUGGGCUAGAUUGUUAUGGGAAUACUUACUUUGGGGUCUGGGCUAGAUUGUUAUGGGAAUACUUACUUUGGGGUCUGGGCUAGAUUGUUAUGGGACUACUUACUUUGGGAUCUGGGCUAGAUUGUUAUGGGAAUACUUACUUUGGCAUCUGGGCUAGAUUGUUAUGGGAAUACUUACUUUGGCAUCUGAGCUAGAUUUUAAAGGGACGACCUACUUUGGGAUCUGGGCUAGAUUCUUACGAGACACUGAUAUAAAAAGGGAGGGGGAGGGGGUCACAGGAGACUAAGACAAUCUUAACUAAGUCAGUCUUUACGCUGAUAGCAAUACAGGUUUUAUUGUUGACUGUUGUAAAGUCUGAAAAUAAAAAUCCUCUGACUCCGAAUGAAAGAAAUGACAAUAAACCCCACGGUAAAGGCCGUUUAUUGUAACCACACAUUCCUGCUUUUGUUUCUCACUAAAUCAAUCACAAGUAAUAAUGAUCUUGUUAUGUAUGUACGUAUGGCUGGCUGUAACGCUGUGUUCAAUAAGCGCGCAAAAUAGAAUUCCCAGAAGUUUUCACCAAUUGGUACGUUUAUAUAAAAUGCUUUAACUGUAUGCAGUGGCGUAACAUUGGUUAGUGCCACCCGGGGUGCACCAUGAUUUUUGCCCCCCCCCCCCACUUCCACGGAAACUCUCUGCAGUUGGUAGAAAAUACAGCCCCCCCAUAUAAAGAAAGGUGCAAGUGAGAUGGAGCCCCCUCCCUCUUGACCAUCACCAAUUGGUACGUUUAUAUAAAAUGCUUUAACUGUAUGCAGUGGCGUAACAUUGGUUAGUGCCCCCCGGGGUGCACCAUGCUUUUUGCCCCCCCCCCCCCACUUCCACGGAAACUCUCUGCAGUUGGUAGAAAAUACAGCCCCUCCAUAUAAAGAAAGGUGCAAGUGAGAUGGAGCCCACUCCCUCUUGACCUUCUACCUACGCCACUGCUUGAAUCCAUGCUUUGUAAAGCAAAUUAAAUAGAUGGAGCAUUCACUCAUUCUCGUCGCCAUUAUUGGCCGGGCUAUUUAUAGUAACAAAAUAAUCUGAACUCAUGAUGUAUUCCCUCAACGUUAAACUUAUUUCCUCUCUCUCCACCAGAACUCCAUUCGUCACAACCUCUCGCUCAACAAAUGUUUCGAGAAAGUUCCUCGGCGGAAAGACGAGCCUGGCAAAGGUGGCUUCUGGAGAAUAAACCCGGAAUACGGCGACUUGGUGGAAAAUGGCGUCUUCAAGAAACGGCGGGGCAGCCGGGAGAACAUGGUCUCGCCUCCCAUCAAACGCUGCAAGCAGGAGGACGACGACUUCCCGUACGUGGCGGGCAUGAAGAGCGGCGCGAGAGAGGACAAGCUGCUGAGCAACGGCUCCGCACAUUUCGGGAUGGACGACGACGAGAACUCGUUAACUUUACGCGGCGACUUCAACUGGACGUCGAUUCUCAACCAGCAUAUCGAUAUCGACGGCUGCACGGUGAAGACAGAACAAAUCCUGGACGACGCCGAGCAGUCCCCGUUCAUCGAGAUGAGCCCGCCGAGCUCGGAGACGAACUCAGACGAUUUAGGAAUUGAUGACUUGUUUUCUUCGAGCGGAAAUUUCUCCAUAUCGAUACCAGCGGACUUCCCGAGCAACGAUCCUCUUGAUUUGACGGUACAGGGCACAACGAUCAAACCACCCGACUGGUGGUCUCCUGAGGGCAGUAUGGGGCAUUCUGGGAGCGGCAGAGGUCUGCAGACCCCACGGGCUCCAUCUCCCGAGUUUGACAAUUCUGAACCUCUUUGGGGGGACAGCCUGGGGCUUAACUCCAGCGGGAACCAGUUUGAUUUUGAAAAAAUUUUUGAAUUCGACAGUUUGCCACCGAACCACCAAUUGUGAGCAUGUUGACAUUAAGUGACUAAACAAAUCAUUCCAUUUUAGAAAUUUGGUAAUCAACAAAACAAUGUAUCUAUGACUACACAUGUGAAUCUUGAUUGUCGACACAAAUAGGUAGAACGUAUUUAUUUAUAUAAGUACAUUAAAAAAUAUAUAAUAUAAUUGCAGUCCUAUGGAUUCUGUAAGUGUAAGACAUUAAUGGCUGCCUAUUUGUUAUUUUUACUUUUUAAAAUUAAAUUUUGAGGCUAAUUAUGCGGUCCUUGUUCAUGUCCAUUAUGACAUAUUCCACCAGAUAAUAAUUAAACAAGUUGACAUUUAAUUUCUUUCAACUUUCUGGUUGGCUGUCAGAAUUUUAUGAAACUUGAUGUUCACAUUAAGUUUAUGAGAGUGACAUACACAACUAUUGAUAGUUCCGCCCUACCCUUAAUUUGGUUUAAAGUGGGUCAGACUAACCUGUUAGAUCAACAGUGGGACAGAUCAAUUUUUUGAUAAUAUGAUUGUCAUCAGAUCAAAGUCCACUUUCUAGGAAUACAAUGUUCUCGCCGCGAUUGUCACUUUGCGCGCCAUUCUUACUUGAUUGCGUCACAUCAACUAUUCGGGAAAUCCGACUCGGCUCAAUGUAUUAUACGGCACCACAUCGAAUAGUUGUUACGUCACAACAGUUACUUCACAGACAUUUGUUUGUGUUGAGAACGGGUGAGGUUUGGG